AUGGAAACCGUUUCAGAUAUCCAUGCAAGGCACUCGCUCCACAGCAAGGAAGAAGAGGCGCCUGCUGUCUCAGCCACACGGAACUCACGGAGCCCACGAGCUGAGCUGAGCGGGCAGAUGGACCCUCGGCUGCCACAGUGCACAGACCUGGAGCGGGCUGAAGGAGACUUUAACACCAACACGGCCGAAGACACACUGGCCAUCCAGGGGCUCAAGGAGCCUGGGAGAGGUCAGGGGCCCGAGCUAGCAGUGGAGGACGGGGCCCACGUCGGGACUGCAGUGGCCACCGAUCCGUCCGCUCUGGAAGACCAGAACCGUCGAGAGAGUGGAGCCAUCAUGCUGAGGGAGGCACAGAGUGAAGAGGGUGGCCUCUCUCCCCCUCGUUCUCGAUGUUUAAUAGAAAUCAUUGACAUUGAUCAGGCCUGCCUAAUCACUGGAGAGGCACGGAUCGAUUCGCUCAGGCAGGGCCCAGGGAGGACGCAGGUGCGCAGGGCCCAGUCUAAGUUCCUGCCAGCGUUGAGGUGGGGAAGGGUUCUCGCAGUGAGAGCCCAGGGCUUCCGCAGCUGCACAGUGUGCUCACGCCCUCCACCCGCUGCAGGUGACUCGCCCCGGUUCAGGACCUCGGAUGUCUCCCAAGCCACGCUCUCCAGCGUAGCCCCGGUGUUCACUGUGACGAAAUUUGACAAAGAGGGCAACGUGACUUCUUUCGAAAGGAAGAAAACCGAGUUGUACCAGGAGUUGGGUCUUCAAGCCAGAGAUCUGAGAUUUCAGCACUCAAUGAGCAUCAUGACCAGGAGCAACAGGAUUAUUAUGAGGAUGGAGUAUCUGAAAGCCGUGAUAACCCCCGAGUGUCUCCUGGUUCUGGAUUACCGUCACCUAAACCUGGAGCGCUGGCUGUUCCGGGAACUGCCUUCGCAGCUGGCGGGCGAGGGCCAGCUCGUCACGUACCCGCUGCCGUUCGAGUUCCGGGCUGUGGAGGCGCUCCUGCAGUUCCGUGUCGGCGUCCUGCAGGAGCAGCUCAGCGUCUUGCAGCCGCUCAUCCUCGAGACACUGGAUGCUCUCGUGGACCCCAAGUACUCCUCCGUGGACAGAAGCAAACUGCACGUCUUACUGCAGAACGGCAAAAGCCUGUCAGAGUUAGAAACAGACAUUAAGAUCUUCAAAGAGUCGAUUUUGGAGAUCCUGGACGAUGAGGAGGUGCUGGAGGAGCUCUGCCUGACCAAGUGGACUGACCCGCACGUGUUCGAGAAGAGCAGUGCUGGGAUCGACCACGCCGAAGAGAUGGAGCUGCUGCUGGAGAACUACCACCGCCUGGCCGAGGAGCUCUCCAACGCGGCCCGGGAGCUCCGGGCGCUCAUCGACGACUCCCAGAGCAUCAUCUUCAUCAACCUGGACAGCCACCGCAACGUGAUGAUGAGGCUGAACCUGCAGCUGACCAUGGGCACCUUCUCUCUCUCGCUCUUCGGGCUGAUGGGAGUUGCUUUCGGGAUGAAUUUGGAAUCUUCCCUUGAAGAGGACCACAGAGUGUUCUGGCUGGUCACGGGAAUCAUGUUCAUGGGCAGUGGCCUGAUCUGGAGGCGUCUGCUCUCCUUCCUCGGACGGCAGCUGGAAGCGCCCUUGCCCCCGACGAUGGCCUCUUUACCCAAACGGACACCCCUCCCAGGUAGAAGGGUGGAAGUGAAAAACGGCCUCAGGCCAGACGGCCUGGGCGCAAGAAGUAUCCUGACGAACCGGUAGGAAGCGGCACGUCUUCGGCUGCGACAGCCCAGGACCCUCCGGUACCCCUUUCACGGCUUGCUUUGGUAGUUGGACACGUCAGAUCACGUUAUUUCAGUGACAUCUGAAGAUACAGCAUCGUGGCGCUCACGCAGCGGAACUGGAUUGCAUUUGCAGAGCUGAGUGAACAGCGGAGACCGAAGUCCUGGCCCCUGCACCUUUGGCGUUCUCAUAGACACGACUGAGGUGUAGAGAGGUUUCGUCUAAGCCAGGACAGACCAUAGUGUAG